AUGAGCAUGUUCAGCAUACUGCGUAGAAAUUGGGCACUUCGCCUGUCGGUGGUGCUCAACAUCUGCGUGUUGCUCUACGUGUGCGCCUACUUCGGCUCCUCCGGACCCUGGAUCGAGGAACCGCCAACCAACUGGGCGGCGCCACUCCAAACGGACACCUUUGGUGCCGUAGACCUCGUGAACGGCACUCAAAAGGACGCCACUCAAAAGGACGCCACUCAAAAGGACGCCACUCAAAAAGACGCGACUCAAAAAGACGCCAUUCAAAAAGACGUGACUCAAAAAGACGCCACUCAAAAGGACGCCACAUCGUCGGCCCUGCCUGCUACGAAGGAUGCCAGCAACAAGGGAGUCCAUAGUAACACAACCAGCCAGUUAAGGGUGAAGAACGCACCGACAGAACGACCGAAGAUGAGCCUCAAGGAGGCCGUGCCCUGCAACGAGAAGUCGAUGCAACCGCGGAGGGCGCAACGAGGCGAUUACUGGGUGCUCUACAAUUACGUGCCGAUGAGCAUGGCGGUCAGAUGCUGGGAGAGCGUCACGUAUACCACGCACGCGGACUACACGUUCCUGGACAAUCUGGAGCCGCUGCUGGAGCGAUGGAGGGCGCCGAUAUCGAUUGCAAUGCACGCCCCUGGCACAGACUUCGCGGCGACCCUCGACGCCAUCAAGUACUCGAGAAACUGUGGCAGCUCGCUGAUCUCACAGCUGGUCACCUUCCACGUAUUCUUCAGCAGCAAACACGUGCCAAAACUGGUACCCCCACCCGAGAAAGUUAUGUCUGACACAUAUAAUUGCUCGCUGGGGCCACCGUGGGUGAACGUCACGUUUUCAAAGAUGUACAAAAACGAGAAGAAGCUGCUGUACCCGGUGAACGUCGGCCGUAACAUAGCUAGGGAGUCAGCGCCGACCUACUACGUGUUUGCCAGCGACAUCGAACUCUAUCCGAAUCCAAACUUGCCUGCAAUGUUUCUCGAAAUGAUCAGAAGGAGAGAUCAAGUGGCCCUCUACAACCCUAACCCGAAGGUUUUUGUACUAUCCAUCUUCGAGGUCGACGGGAAGAGUCAGCCACCCAAUAAUAAAACGCGUUUGAUCCAGAUGUUGAAGGCCGGUACGGCCAUACCCUUCCACAAAAAGUUGUGCUCCGGCUGUCAUAAUGUUCCACGGAGUAAAGAGUGGCAGCAGGCACCGGAAACCGACGACCUUCACGUGUUUCACGUCGGUAAAAGGACAGGCAGUUUUGUUCAUUGGGAGCCAAUCUUCAUCGGGUCUAAUAAUGAUCCUCUGUACGACGAGAGGCUUAGCUGGGAAGGAAAAAGCGACAAAAUGACACAGGGUUACGCGUUAUGCGUCCUCAACUAUGAUUUCCUGAUCCUGGACAACGCGUUCCUGGUUCAUCGUCCGGGUAUUAAGAUCUUCAAGAAGGAUCCACAUCGAGAGAUGCUCACGGCGAAGACGAACGCGUUGAUCAAGAAAAUCAUCGUUCCGGAAUUGAAGAUUCUUUAUGGAACGAGGAAGGGCUGUGCCGUGUAG